AUAGCGCGGUAAUAAUCUCUUCUUUGUUGUUCCUCUUCCGUUUCUACAUUGUCCACUCCACGCCAUAGCAGUGUGCAGCUGAACUUCAAUUGAUACCCCACCACCAUGUCCUUGAAUGCUUAAACUUCCUUCUUUGUGCUGUUUGUUAAGAAGCGCAGAGAUGAUGCACCUCAAGAACCUCCAAAGCAAGACCCUUUUCUUCGUUUUCUCACCCUCCAGAACCUUCCACCGCCCUCACUACAACCCCAUCAGAAGAUUCUCCUCCCCCAUCCACAAAGAUUCGAUUUUGAUCCCUCCCACGAAGACCCUUCUCUACGCUUCCUUCUUCUGCGCCCUUAUUCGCCUCUACUUGGCCUGUGGCAGGUUCUACAUUGCCUCCGACACUUUCUCUCGCAUGCGUGCCCUCUCCCUCGUUCCCUCCUUGCCCCUCUGGAACGACCUUUUGUACGAAUUCAAUGCCUCUGGCUUCGUUUCGCAGGUAAAAGUGCUGUAUUCUGAGAUGGUCCUUUGUGGGGUUGUGCCUAAUGUUUUCAGUGUUAAUUUGUUGGUUCAUUCGUUGUGCAAAGUUGGGGACCUGGGCUUGGCUUUAGGGUAUCUCAGGAACAGUGUUUUUGAUCAUGUUACUUACAAUACUGUUGUUUGGGGAUUCUGUAAGCGUGGAUUGGCUGAUCAGGGUUUUGGGUUGUUGUCUGAAAUGGUUAAGAAGGGUGUGUGUUUUGAUUCAGUUACUUGUAAUAUUCUUGUUAAGGGGUAUUGCCAAAUUGGAUUGGUUCAAUAUGCUGAGUGGAUUAUGGGCAACUUGGUUGGUGGGGGUGUUCCACUAGAUGCUAUAGGUUUGAACACCUUGGUUGAUGGGUAUUGUGAAGUGGGUUUGGUGAGCCGUGCGUUGGAUUUGGUGGAGGAUGGUUGGAAGAAUGGUGUCAAGCCUGAUAUUGUUACUUAUAAUACUUUGGUUAAUGCUUUUUGUAAGAGGGGUGAUCUUGCGAAGGCAGAGUCUGUUGUCAAUGAGAUUUUGGGAUUUCGGAGGGAUGAUGAAUCUGGUGUGUUGAAUGAUUGUGGUGUUGAAACUUGGGAUGGGUUAAGGGAUUUGCAGCCAACUGUUGUUACGUGGACAACAUUAAUUGCUGCAUACUGUAAGCAUCGAGGAAUUGAUGAUUUCUUUUCUCUUUAUGAGCAAAUGAUUAUGAGUGGAGUCAUGCCUGAUGUGGUUACUUGUAGUUCUAUUCUUUAUGGACUUUGCAGGCAUGGUAAAUUAACUGAAGCGGCAAUGUUGCUGAGAGAGAUGUAUAAUAUGGGUUUAGAUCCUAAUCAUGUCUCAUACACUACAAUUAUUAGUGCUCUAUUAAAAUCAGGGAGGGUAAUGGAAGCUUUUAAUCAUCAAAGCCAAAUGGUUGUUCGGGGCAUUUCUAUCGAUCUAGUUUUGUGUACGACUAUGAUGGAUGGACUUUUCAAAGCUGGGAAAUCUAAAGAGGCUGAGGAAAUGUUCCAAACUAUUUUAAAGCUCAAUCUUGUCCCAAACUGUGUCACUUAUACGGCAUUGCUUGAUGGUCAUUGUAAGGUAGGAGACGUGGAGUUUGCAGAGACAGUGUUACAAAAAAUGGAGAAGGAACAUGUUCUUCCAAAUGUUGUUACCUUUUCUUCUAUUAUAAAUGGAUACGCCAAAAAAGGAAUGCUCAACAAAGCAGUUGAAGUGUUAAGGAAGAUGGUUCAAAUGAAUAUUAUGCCAAAUGUUUUUGUUUAUGCUAUUUUACUUGAUGGCUAUUUUAGGACAGGUCAACAUGAGGCUGCUGCUGGUUUCUAUAAGGAAAUGAAAUCUUGGGGAUUGGAAGAAAACAAUAUCAUAUUUGAUAUCUUAUUGAACAACUUGAAAAGAUCUGGAGGCAUGAAGGAAGCUCAGUCAUUAAUUAAAGAUAUUCUCUCUAAGGGUAUUUACCUAGAUGUUUUUAACUACUCUUCUCUAAUGGAUGGCUACUUUAAAGAAGGAAAUGAGUCAGCUGCUCUUUCCGUAGUACAGGAAAUGACAGAGAAAGACAUGCAGUUUGAUGUUGUUGCUUACAAUGCUUUGACUAAGGGGCUUUUGAGGCUGGGGAAAUAUGAACCAAAAUCUGUGUUUUCAAGAAUGAUUGAGUUGGGUCUGACUCCAGAUUGUGUUACAUAUAACUCUGUAAUGAACACAUAUUUCAUACAAGGUAAAACAGAAAAUGCUUUGGAUCUGUUGAAUGAGAUGAAGAGCUAUGGGGUAAUGCCAAAUAUGGUCACUUAUAACAUUCUUAUUGGUGGGCUUUGUAAAACUGGUGCAAUUGAAAAAGUAAUAAGUGUUUUGCAUGAAAUGUUAGCUGUGGGGUAUGUUCCUACACCCAUUAUUCACAAGUUUCUGCUUAAAGCAUAUUCAAGAAGUAGAAAAGCAGAUGCAAUUUUGCAAAUUCACAAGAAGCUUGUGGAUAUGGGCCUCAAUCUCAACCAGAUGGUGUAUAACACACUAAUCACUGUAUUAUGCAGAUUAGGGAUGACUAAAAAAGCAAAUGUGGUGCUUACGGAAAUGGUGAUAAAAGGAAUUUCAGCUGACAUUGUUACUUAUAAUGCUCUUAUUCGUGGUUAUUGUACAGGCAGUCAUGUGGAGAAGGCUUUUAAUACUUAUUCACAGAUGUUGGUGAGUGGAAUCUCUCCAAAUAUUACUACUUACAAUGCCCUUUUAGAAGGUCUUUCAACUAAUGGUUUGAUGAGAGAUGCAGAUAAAUUAGUUAGUGAGAUGAGGGAAAGAGGACUUGUCCCAAAUGCCACUACUUAUAACAUAUUGGUUUCUGGCCAUGGUAGGGUUGGAAAUAAACGAGAUUCUAUAAAACUUUAUUGUGAAAUGAUAACCAAAGGUUUUAUUCCCACAACAGGUACCUAUAAUGUGCUUAUUCAAGAUUAUGCAAAAGCAGGAAAGAUGCGCCAAGCUAGAGAACUUUUGAACGAGAUGUUGACAAGAGGAAGAAUUCCUAAUUCUUCAACAUACGACGUUCUAAUUUGCGGAUGGUGCAAAUUGUCCUGUCAGCCAGAGAUGGACAGGUUACUUAAACUGUCAUAUCAGAAUGAGGCAAAAAAAUUGCUGAGAGAAAUGUGUGAAAAAGGACAUGUGCCAUCUGAGAGCACUCUCAUGUAUAUCAGUUCAAAUUUUUCUGCACCUGGAAAAAGAGAUGAUGCCAAAAGGUUGUUAAAGGUAUUUACCCAGAAGAAGAACUUGUGACAAAUGGUCUAAUGCAAGAUAAGAUGAUUUGAAACUCAAACUAUGACCAAUCCUAUAUAAAGUGGGGUCUUAAUGUGCUACAAGUUCCAAGAGGGAUGAGUUUGGAAUUGAAGGUGAUGGUCUUCUAAGGAUGUAGAAAUAGCUUGACUUGAACAUUGACAGUCCAUUCCGUUAUUUGCAUCCUAACAAUUACUGUCUUGUGAUGCUAAGCUUUAUAUGAUUGGAAUUGGUAAUUAUGGACGAUCAUUCAAGGAUUGGAACUCAUGAGAAAAUUAAGGGUGAGGUAGAUCAAUAAAGAAUUUUUGGUGUGAUGGCAGUGGUCAACUGCUACCCAGAUGACAAGAGUAUAUUGAAGUAGCGUACUCAAGAUCAAUUUAUUGACAAUGACAAAGUUGCAGAAAUUCAUUCCCAUAUAGUUUCGGCAUUCUCAGACAGUCAUUGGACUGUAUAGAUCAACUGCUGAAGAGGCUACGGAGAAAAUAGCACAAUUCUGCUUUGCACAGAUUUUAAGGAGUUAACGAAUGCUAUAAACCAAUUAGGUUUAUGUUUGCACAAGUGACAGAAGCAAGCAUUGAGCAGAAAUUUGAAGGCAUCUUGAGACUCAAUUCUAAUAGAUAUUACAAGGCACUGUCAGAUCAAGUUGUACGUGUCAAGUCUGUGUACCUUGCUGCCUCUUCUGCAUCAGAUUAAGAUCCUCAAAAUAGGUAGGGUGAAGAUAAACCUGGACAAGAAUUUGGAUACAUUUUGCAUCUUCUCUGAUACAAAUUUUAUUUUUUUGACAAAAUUCAUAUAUGAGCUCAAAUUAUUUGUAUGAACUGCAAAUUGAACAGCGAAAUGAAGAAAUGUAAGUUUUGGAGCUAAAUGCCCCAAAUGUUUUAGUUUUGGCAAACACAAAAAUCUCAUCAGAAUUAAGUAUAUUUACUCAAUUUUGUUACAGUUUAAGAGCUAUAGAAAACAGGACGUGUACGCAAGAAAUCAACUACCGAUUUAAGUAUGGGGAUUUAAUUUGAGAUUGAUAAUUAAAUUUGUACCUUACUGAUAAUCUCAUGCUUCCUAAGUUUUGAUAUAAAUAAUUUCUUUAAUGGCAAAAAAAACUUUUUACAAUUUUUUUGUUGGUUUUUCUCCAUUAACAAUGUACUUGAAAUUAACUUGUUUCAUAUCUAUUGUGAAAUUUGCAAAUUAUUUAUCAUUUUUAUUAAAUUUGAUUUUAGUCCUCACAAUUUUUUUUGCCUAGGAGUUGAUCGUGGUUUUUAUGUGUAUAUUUUGAUUUUGGUCUUUACAUUAGAAACUAAUUUCUCAAUAAAAAAAAUUA